AAAGGGAUGGUGCGGUCUUGAGGACGGCUGCUGUGAUGGAGCUGAGGACAUCCGAGUCGCCUCUUGGCGCCAUCCGGCACCGCAUAGCCAAGCCAGCAUCCCUUUCUUUCGGCCUCUGGACACACGAGGAGGACACCGGCACAACAACAAAGGUGCUUCCCUUCCAUGUACGUAUCCUUCCACACUGCGUGCUGGCCGCUUCUUCUGCCAUCCCGCUGCUCGGCCUUCUUUUUCUUCUGCCAUCGGUGGUCGGUAACCACGCACUCCACGCGAAGAAGGAGAGCCAAGGACGACAAACGUUUUUGUAUUGGUAUGUGCGCCGCGCCCGUGUGUGCGGUGGUGCAGGCUCCCCUGUCGUCGGCCGUCGGUGUGGUCCACUGGGUGAUGGCGGUGUGGACAACAGUGCAGUUCGUCUACAACUUCUGCAUGGCUGCCUUCCACCAGCCGGGGUGGGUGACGCAGAGGCACCAGCCGAGCGCAGACCAGACCUUCGUGAUAGGUCAGUCAGCGAGUCAAGUCAAGUCAGGAAGGAGAGGAGGGAGCAGCGCACGCUGCGUGUUGUGUGUGUUGUGUUGUGCAGGUCCUUAUCGUUACGCCCCUCGUCAAUGUGACGUGUGUGGUCUGUUGAAGCCGCCGCGCGCUCGGCACUGCAGUGCGCUGGGCCGGUGUGUGCUGCGGAUGGACCACUGGUGCCCAUGGAUGUAAGUGACCCUGCCGAGGGCAGAAUGUGUCUGUGGGAUUGUCAUGUCAUGCGUGUGUCAGAGGCAACGCGGUUGGGCUAUGCAAUCACGGGCACUUUGUGCUGAUCUUUGUCUUUGGGCUGUUGGGCUGCCUGCACGUCAUUCUGCUGGUGGGUGGGGGUGGGUGGGUAACCUACCCUAAUGGCUGGAUUGAUAAUGGAUGCCAUCAAACCGACCUGCCUGCCUGCUCAGGUGGCUCUGCACACUGCAUUCGCCGCUCACGACAUCGAAGCGGCUGCACACUCAUCAAUAGCCAGGUGGGCUGACAACCGCACACCCGUGAGUGCGUAUUGGUCCCCAUCGUUCGGCCUUGCGUGUCUGUCUUGCAGGUGGGCGUUGCGCUACACCGGUGGCGGCAUCACCAGCACCAUGAUGGCGCUGCACCUUCACGUCCUGGCUUGGCUCGGGUGGGAGAGCGCACUGCUGCUGGCUGGGGCCUUUCUCGCGCUGCUUGUCAUUUCUGCCGUCGGCGGACAGCAGCUGUAUCACGUGUGGACGGGGCAGACAGUCAUCGAGGCCACUGGGUUCGGCUCUCCUGAGUUUGUGGAGGUCAAGCCCAACGUGUGGAGCCCCCUGCCCCACCGUUUCUACGACCGGGGGCCGGCAGAAAACAUCAGGAGCAUACUCGGGGAUCUUCCCGUCAUGCGUCUCCUACUCCCCAUUUCUGGUGUGUCUGCACAGCAGCUGCAAAACUGUAUACAUGCAACACAAGUGUGCAUGUGUUGUGUGCAUAUAUCGCCACUCUCGAUCUGUGUGCCUGGUUGCUUGUCAGGUCGGUUUCCGCCCGGUGCAGGGGUUCACUUCGUGCCGCUUCCCUCCCGCCUGGCGUCUCUCGGCCGCAGAAUGAGCUACACCGUCCGUGGGACGCAGAAGCAGCCUGCCCACGACAACCACGGGCACUCUGUGCUGCCCUCCCCUGAGCGGCCAACCUCGCCCGACUUUUUGGGAUCUGACACAACGGCCUCGCCUUCUUGUCACUCGACCACGCCCAAUCCGGGCACGUCGCCGGCAUUUUCCCCUCUGCCGCAGGCCGAGAUGAUUGCCGGGGGGGAUGAGGGUAUGGGCAGGGGAGGAUGACAGACAAUCAAUUGACAUGGAUGGCGAGUGGAGAGGAGAGGAGCGACUGUGACGGUGACGGCUUUUUCUCUGUCACAUACCAUACACACAGUGAGAACGAGAGCUAUAUAGUCAGGGAGAGACAGACUGGCUGCAUUGGCCAGUGGACACCUCACAUCAAUGCAUUCCUUCGUUCGUUGGUGCGGUGGUUUUUCAAGUAAGCGAUUGAUGCGUGCGGAAACGAGUAUGUCCGUCCGUCCGUCCGUCGUGGCGGCUUUUUGUGGGGUGGGUGGUGGCACGCACCGGUGUUUAAGUAAGUGACGGAGUGAGUUUCGUGUGUGUAGAUAGCUGAAGUGGGAACGGUCGAUUGGUUGGCACGGCAAAGGGGUGGUGGUGCAGGUGGAUCUAUGUGAAUACGGUGGAUGGACGGAUGUGGCUGACGGGGAGGGGAUGUGUCUGUUUGUUGUCUGUGUUGGUUCUCUUGUCAGCUGCGUGUGUGUGGUGAUGGACGGUGGAAAGACGCG